AUGCAAGCUCCUCCCCAAAUUCAAAGCAAGAGCUGCAGCCGUACCAGGGCUCCAAUACCCUCAAGCCCAACCAAGUGGGUGAGACCUCUCUGUACGGCGUGCCCAUCGUGCCCCGCCCCCCCCCCCCCCCGCCGCUGCGGCAUGAUCACCAAGCGGGAGGCGGAGCGGCUCUGCAAGUCCUUCCUGGGCGAGCACAAGCCGCCCAAGCUGCCCGAGAACUUCGCCUUCGACGUGGUGCACGAGUGCGCCUGGGGCUCCCGGGGCAGCUUCAUCCCCGCCCGCUACAACAGCUCCCGCGCCAAGUGCAUCAAGUGCAGCUACUGCAGCAUGUACUUCUCCCCCAACAAGUUCAUCUUCCACUCCCACCGCACUCCGGACUCCAAGUACACCCAGCCCGACGCCGCCAACUUCAACUCCUGGCGCCGCCACCUCAAGCUCAGCGACAAGACGGCCACCGAGGAGCUGUCCCACGCCUGGGAGGAUGUCAAGGCCAUGUUCAACGGCGGCACCCGCAAGCGGACCUUCUCCCUAGCACCAGGCACAGGUUUUGUGGCCUGUUUGGGGACAGACAUCCUCCUGCACCGGGUGAGCUGCAGAAGGGGUCUGCAAUAUGUGACCCGGAGCGGCAGCAGCGGGGCUGGGGUUGCUGGUGGCAUCUCUUGCGCAGGGGGGCAGCUGAGCCCCUUUCCUUGCGUGUUCUUCUGUGCCUCUCUGGCUGGGUCGCCGCUGGCACCUCGUGGGCUGGCGGCGGCCCAGGGCGACCCUGCGGAGAAGCACGGAGGAGCUCGGCCUGGGCGCCUGGCCCUGGCUGCCGGCACCCGGGGAAGCAUGCCGUGUUGCUGGCACUGCCGCACCUCGGCAGGGCUCUUGCUCCUGACCCCAGCCCCUGGUCAGGACCCACAGCCGGGCUCCGGUGCGCGGCACGUUCCCAGCUCCCGCUUUCCUCCUGCCAGGCUGCCGGAGCCGUGCUCUCCCCGGCAGCUCUCCGGCCCGCGAGCUCGCCUGGCCGCUGCUGCGCUCACCUGCCCGGCCGCACCGUGCGUGGCAGCGGCGCUUACCGACGCGAGUGCAAAAAUGAGCUAUUAUGUUGUAUUAAUAUUUUCACACUACUUAGCUCUCAUUAAAAUGUACUUUGCUGAAUUUAAUAUGCGACUUCAAAUGACACAACGUAUUAAGUGCUUAAUAUACUAG